AUGGACCUCAUGAGGGUGACUGAUGCACACCCUACUGAUGUUGUGGUGACUCUCCUGCGCUGUGCCCCAUCGUGUGACAGAGCUGCUGCCAGCAUGUGGAGGACCAUCGCCUCCUCGGGAAUGACACUUGAAAAGGUGCUGCCAAAGCUGCUGUCUGUGAUGGAGGACUGGCCAGUGCACAGCAUGUGCACUUCCGAUGGGGACAAAACUGAUGUCUUUGCCCUGGCUGCAACCAGGGUGAUUUGGGAGAUUCUCCGCCUGCCCUGGUGCCCAGAGCCAGUGCUGAAAUAUUUCCCUCGCCUUCUUGUGGAUCUACUCUUCCAAGUCUUCAUGAGCACAAAGCAGAUGCCGGAGGAGGUUGCUUCCUUCUGGAGGGGGUGCCAGGAGAAAAGCAGCCUUACCAGGAACCCCAACAGGUUUGCAGUACAGACUGUGAGGGCACUGCUUCGCCGUCUGCAGCGUGUAAAUUUGGUGAUGGCAAUGGAACGGAAACGUGGCUGGGACACGCUCCUCAGUGCUGACACCCACCACUAUGCAGUGGGUUUGUUGGCCAGGGAGAUGCGCCGUACCUCGAGCCCCUUGUGUUCCCCAGUUGCCCUCUGCCUGUUGGGGGUGCUCAUCAGGGAGAAGCCCCGCUGGGAGGUUCCUGCCAUGGCCUUCCUUGUGGAGGUCCUCGACUACCUGGACAUGAUUGAAUGUGGUGAUGGAAUCCUGCAGAUCCUUUCAAGAGACCUGGCUAACGAAUGCAAAGAGAGGCGUCGCCUGGCGAUCAGAGGCUUUGUAAUGCUGAGCAAGGAUCCCAUGAUGGCCAGGAGAAUGUGCAGCCUCUCUGGAAGUUUAGUGCAGCUCCUGUGGGACGCAGAUGUAGAGGUGGUUGAGCUGGCCUUGCCAAUAUUCCUGAAUAUGCUGCGGAAGAAAGACAUCAUAACCUCCAGCCCCACCGCUCUGAAGCUGGCUGAGGCUCUCCGGCCACUCUUUGACAGUGAUAACAGCCAUGUGCAGGCCCUCUCCAUUCGCCUGUUCCAAGAGGUGAUGAAGUCAGUAGUGGAUGUGGGAAAGAAGCCCUUGAAGAUACAUGUGAUCCAGAACCUGCUCCCACUCUUCCUCUACUGGCAUGAUGAGAACCAGCGAAGUGGCAGAGCCUCUCGGGAAGCGCUGCUUUGUGUAGCCAAAUUUCUGAAGAGGAAGGAUCUCGAGCAGCUGCUGAAGACAGAGCAACCAUUGAAAUUUGGCGAGUGCCUGCUGGAAAAGGACCGCAGCCGAGUGGCCAACUACCUACGCCAGGCCCUACCAUACCUGGAGAGCCCACAGGAGCCCCUGCGAGAGGCAGCCAUCAAGUUCAUGGGGAUGGCCGGAUGGUAUAUGCGGGGACGACCUGAAGAGCUGCAGGUCAUCUGCGAGGCCCUUCAAGCCAUGAGAAAAGACAACUUCCCCUCCUACACAAGUGUGAUGGUUCAAGCCCUGUUUGACCAAAGAGCUGAAGUAUUACUUUCAUCCUCUGCUUCAAGACAACUGGUGUCCCAAGAAGAGCACCAGACACCGCGCAGCAGGAGAUCAACUGGAGACCAGAGGAGAUCAUCUGUAGCUCCAAGCACUGAUACUGGGUCCAACUGAGCCUGCCAGGAAGACCUUGUGACUCCUGGCCUGUCCUUCCCUGUUGACCCUCCCUGCCUCCAUACCGCUUUGUCCCUUCAACCUUCAAAGUCAGCUUGUUCCCUUCUCCUGCUCCCAGCUCAUCCCUCCACUUCCCCUUGCCAUAAUAAACCGUUGGGUUUCUCCCUGC